UUGAUCAUAGGUCAAUUGGUUUUCACCUAGAUUGCUGACUGAGGCAAGUGCUUGACGUGAGACCCGGUUAUCUGUGCAGAACUCGAGACGAAUUAGAUACACUACAGGUGCACAGACACGCAGGACGGCCUGAAAAUGGAAACCCAAGAAAACAUGACGGACAUCCAGAAUUAUCUGGAUAAUUUCCAGAAAGAUCUUCAAACUAACACCAGCGACCCUGCCGGCAGCGCGGGCGGCGAGGUGGGACAGGUGUACGUGGACCAGUCGGGACAGUACUUCAUCCGAGAGGCCACCGAGGAGGAUGGCGGCCUGCGACGAUCCAAGCGGGUGCGGACGGCCACGGCGGUGACGGCGGACGCGGCGAUGGUGCAGGCGUCCGGGGAGGCGGGCCAGACUGUGCAGCUGGCGGCCGGCGGCCAGGCGGUGGCAGCCGCCGCCGGCGGCGCCUAUCAGACGGUCACACUGGUCCCCUCCGACGGCAACUCGGACGAAGUCAGCUAUGUGCUCAUUGUGCAGCCGGACGCCGAGGAGGGCCAGAAGCAGGAGGGCGACGACCAGACGAUCGGCGUGUACGACUUUGACGACGGGGACGAGCAGCCAGAGGAGGAGGAGUCGGGUGAGGAGGACGACAAGGCCCGCGUCACGCGGAUCGCUCCCAGGAAGUCUUCCCAGACGGUCUCGCAGGCGCACAUGUGCAGCUACUGCAACUAUACCAGUCCAAAGAGGUACCUGCUGUCGCGCCACAUGAAGUCCCACUCGGAGGAGCGGCCGCACAAGUGCUCCGUCUGCGAGCGCGGCUUCAAGACGCUGGCCUCGCUGCAGAACCACGUCAACACGCACACGGGCACCAAGCCGCACUGCUGCAAGUUCUGCGACGCCAACUUCACCACAUCGGGCGAGCUGGUGCGCCACGUGCGCUACAUCCACACCAAGGAGAAGCCGCACACCUGCCCAGAGUGCGACUACUCGAGUGUCGAGCUGAGCAAGCUGCGCCGCCACAUGCGCUCGCACACGGGCGAGCGGCCCUACCAGUGCCCGCACUGCACGUACGCCUCGCCGGACACGUUCAAGCUGAAGCGCCACCUGCGGAUCCACACCGGGGAGAAGCCGUACGAGUGUGACAUCUGUGGCUCGCGCUUCACGCAGAGUAACUCUCUGAAGGCGCACAGGCAGAUCCACUCGGGGGAGAAGCCGGUCUACCACUGCGAGCUGUGCCCGACCACCUGCGGGCGUAAGACCGACCUGCGCAUCCACGUGCAGAAGCUGCACACCUCCGACCGGCCCAUCAAGUGCAAACGCUGCGGGAAGAGCUUCCCGGACCGCUACUCGUUCAAGCUGCACAGCAAGACGCACGAGGGUGAGAAGUGUUUCAAGUGCGACCUCUGCCCGUACAUGUCAACCUCGCAGCGGCACCUUGAGUCGCAUAUGCUGGUCCACACCGACCAGAAGCCGUUCGUCUGCCAGCACUGCGACCAGUCGUUCCGACAGAAGCAGCUGCUGAAGCGGCACGUCAACCUCUACCACAACCCCAACUACAUUCCGCCACAGCCGCGCGAGAAGACGCACGAGUGCCCCGAGUGCGGCCGCGCCUUCCGCCACAAGGGCAACCUGAUCCGCCACCUGGCCAUCCACGACCCGGAGGCCAGCGCCGCCGAGAAGCAGCUGGCCCUCAAACUCGGACGGGAGACCAAAGUGACGGCGCUGGACCAGCAGCCGAUGGAGAUGUACGAGGACGAGGGGGAGGAGGAGGUGGGCCUGGGCGGCGAGGCGCUUCAGCAGGGCCGCGGCGGCGGCGCCGAGCAGAAGAUGGUCGCCGUCCAGGGUCAGGACGGACAGCAGUAUGUCGUCCUCGAGGUCAUCCAUCUGCAGGACGCCAACGGCGAGGAGCAGACGGUGGCCGUGGUGCCCGACUCGGCGCUGAGCCAGGCGGCCGGCGCCGGCGGCAGCGGCAUCGACAUGCAGCUGGCCGCCGGCCCGGCCGCCUCCUCCAUCGACGCCGCCCAGCUGGGCACCGACGUCAGCCUGGCCGACGACGGUCUGCCGGCCGACCUGCUGCCCCAGGCGGCCGGCGAGGGCGCCGGCGGUGAGCAGCCGCGCCGGCCCACCACGCCCGGCGGACGGCGGCGCGUCGACGACCAGGCCGUCCAGAAGAGCAAGCAGGACAUGCAGAACUGCUUCGGCUUCGACGACGACGAAGAGGACGUGGACUUUCUCGCGGCCGGCGGUAAGAAGGAAGCCGUCGAGAUGAUGUAAGACGAUCACUCCUUACCGAUGAGAGUCUGCCACACACAUACACACGACUCGAGCGGCAGAAGAGGCACAUGUGCCUCCGUGACCGACGGUAGUGUCACUACACUGUGUGAAACACUGAAGUCAACGGAUCUGUGCACAGUUUGACAUCUGCACAAUCGGGAUGUGAAGAACUCAGAGCUAUGUAGACGAGUGGUGAACUGCUCUGGAUCAGAGCGCUAGUGAAUGGGAUGGGGACGGGCGGGGUUCGGGCGGGCAAGGCAUGGGGAGGAUGGGGUCUUAGUACUAGAUAGAUUAGGCUGCCUAGAGUGUGCGUGUGUGUUGUGUCGUGCAUGUGCUUGUACGGGCGAAUCGAUUUGCGAAUGACGUGUAGCGUAUGCGGUGUAAACUCUAAGUUGUCAGGUGUUUGUGAAUUAAUUUUGAGACAAUAUGCGCGCCGCGGUUCCCGUUAUAAUUUUGUACAUGUUUGUGGCGUUGUGGCACGGUGUCGAACCCUCUCGAAUAUCCUGAUAUUCGAGUCCGCGCGUCCGGUCGGGAACACGGUAGGAGUGGUGUCGCCUGCCGUCUCCGUGGCUGUACGCCGUCUCCGGUACGAAACCUCCCGCCCUGGGUUUCGUCCGCCGCGCAGAGAUCUCUCGUCCUGUCCCUGUCGCGUGUACCGUGAGUGCUUCAAUAUCUGUGUAUUCGUGAGUGUCUGUGCAUGCACUUGAUCCGCCGUGUAGUCUUCUGUGUAUUGUGUGUGGCGCACUCCGCGCUCUGCGUCGUAGGCCGCCGGAGACGACUGCCGUUCGCUGGCACGAGCGGUGUGUGGUGCGGCGUCGGUGACUGGCCCGCCGCUGGGAGGUAUAGGGGUCGCUGUGUGCGGCGGGGGAGCCGCGCAGCUGGUGGGAUCUCUGAGCCGAGAGGACGGGUGCCGCGGUCGGGCGAGCGAUGGAACUUUGCGCAAAGGGCUGCGAGGAUAUCGGCACCCGGGGAACCAGCUAUGGUUAGCUUGCUGCUGUAUGGUGUCAUUGCAAACUACCCUGGUCAAACGGACAUUUCGGUUUCUUCACGUGUGUACGGUGUCUCGUGUUCGAUGGACGCGUAGUAAGCGGAAUUCGGAACUCUGCUCUACAUGGUAUCAUAUUUAGGAAUAAAUAUAUCUGAAAUCA